AUGUGUCGCACAAUACACGCGGUAUUACAAACCGCAAUAUGCGGGAUACAAAUGUUAGUGAGGGUCUUCAUGACCAUUAUUCUGAUGAUAGAAAAUUUGAUACGAAUGAUCUUGCAGACUAUGUAUAAUUUUAUAUCAUUUAUAUUACAAAUGCUAUCACUUAUACCGAUAUGCAUUGUAUUCCUGCUGACAGCGAGGUUGAAAUGUUUUAUGUGCGGCGGCGGUGGCCCAUGCCCUGUCAAUAGAGGAGGAGCUUGCGAUUGCAUAAUGUCCGCCAUGGCGAUACUAAUAAUGUUUUUCAUAUUCCGUGCGACAGGCAUCCUAGAUAAAAUCUUCUACAGCCUAGGUUACUCCAAAGCCAGACCUCCGGUAGUAAAGUUCGUCCCGACCCCCGGAGAUAUCACCGAAUGUUCUAGAAAUGACACGGACUAUCCUAGCGAUGAGACCACGACGAUUAACGAUACUUACUUACUGACGGACUAUUAUACCAUUUCAACCCCGACCACGGGUGGUAAGUUUGUUAAUAUGUUGACUGACACAACAACUCCAACGAAUACUCCUACUACAACCAUCCAAAGAUUCGUCGCGCAGGAAUCAACAACUCCACCACCAAAUUUAUACCGAAGAUUCCCUAGUUUUCCGCAUAAUAGAAGGAAAUGGACUACCGUACUCUCAUUCUUUCAAUAA